GGCAACUCGUGGUUCUUCGCAGAGUUGACAAAGUAGUUCGUGAUUGUUACAGUAUCAGACAUGGCGCUCGCUGAAGUUUGCGGAGUAAAUUCUUACUUGGAUUUUAAUUUACCCAGAAAUAAUGACAAUUUUCAAGGGGAAAUUGAAGCCUACAGCAAGAAUUUCAGCAACAACUUGAAUUUGGCUAUGCCUCCGUUCGCAAACCCGGCUGAAAAUUUGUCUCGAUUCUCGACCGAUGAAAAUGGAAGAAAAUUGAAAAUAAAUUUCGAUCAUGGCACAACGACCCUUGGAUUUCGUUACAAAGGUGGCGUCGUUCUUGCUGUGGAUUCGCGUGCUACUGGUGGCCAAUUUAUUGGGUCUCAGAGCAUGAAGAAGAUCGUUGAGAUCAAUGACUAUCUUUUGGGAACACUAGCUGGUGGUGCUGCUGACUGCGUCUACUGGGAUCGUGUCUUGGCAAAGCAAUGCCGAAUGUAUGAGCUUAGAAACAGAGAACGAAUCUCUGUUGCUGCUGCAAGCAAACUGAUGUCCAACAUGGUUUACAAUUAUAAAGGAAUGGGCCUUUCUAUGGGAAUGAUGAUCGCCGGCUGGGAUAAAAGAGGGCCUGGCUUAUACUAUGUUGAUUCAGAAGGAACUCGAACAGCCGGUCAAGUGUUUAGUGUUGGUUCUGGCUCUGUAUACGCCUUUGGCGUUUUGGAUUCCGGUUACCACUGGGACUUGACAGAUGAAGAAGCCUAUGAAUUAGGGAGAAGGUCCAUUUACCAUGCCACUCACAGGGAUGCGUACUCUGGGGGUAUAAUACGAGUUUAUCACAUGAAAUCUACUGGAUGGGUUCACAUUUCCGACGAGGACUGCAAGGAUCUUCAUUACAAGUAUCAGGAAGACAAAGAGAAGCUGAGAAAUGUACGACAGUAAUAAAAUUUUCAUUCAAGUGUAUCCUCAAGAAUAUAUUGUAUUGCAAACAAUCGUCAUUUUGUGAUUAAUUAAAAGUUUUUUCGUAUUGCAUAAA